CAGAGGACUGUGAAACAGUCAGAAGUAUCAGCACUAUUUAAAAUCAGAUGUAAAUUAUUUGUAGUCUUGGUACAAUAAUACCAUUUUAACGUCUUUCUGAAAAGUGCUUGAAUUUUUAUUUGACACAGAACCAGACAAAAAUGAGGGGAAAUCGUCCAGUGGAGCUCCCAGAGGACUUCUGGAUUCCCAUCCCUCUGGACACCAACAACAUCACAUCCUUCAGUCCAUACCUAGUUCCUCAGGACCACUUAGGGAGCCUUGGGAUAUUUUAUUCCAUGUCAGCAUUUAUGUUCUUCCUGUUUGUGACCGGUACAGGCAUUAAUAUCCUCACUAUCGCAUGUACUGUUCAAUAUAAGAAGCUCCGCUCUCAUCUGAACUACAUUCUGGUGAACUUGGCUGUGGCAAACCUUCUCGUCUCCUCUGUCGGCUCCUUCACCUGCUUCUACUGCUUUGCCUUCAGAUACAUGAUUCUUGGUCCACUGGGGUGCAAGAUUGAAGGAUUUACAGCAACUGUUGGUGGUAUGGUCAGCCUGUGGUCUCUGGCUGUGGUAGCAUUUGAGAGAUGGCUUGUCGUCUGCAAGCCACUCGGGAACUUCGCCUUCAAGCCUAACCAUGCUAUAGCUUGCUGCGCAAUGACUUGGGUGUUUGCUUUGAUGGCUGCAGUUCCUCCUCUGGUUGGAUGGAGUAGGUAUAUCCCAGAGGGCAUGCAGUGCUCCUGUGGACCAGACUGGUACACAACCAACAACAAGUUCAACAAUGAGUCCUAUGUGAUGUUCCUCUUCUGCUUCUGCUUUUCUGUCCCUUUCUUCACCAUCGUUUUCUGCUACUCACAGCUGCUUUUCAUGUUGAAAGCGGCAGCGAAGGCCCAAGCUGAAUCUGCCUCCACCCAGAAGGCAGAGCGGGAGGUGACCAGGAUGGUGGUCGUCAUGGUCUUGGGCUUCCUGGUGUGCUGGAUGCCUUACGCCUCCUUUGCUCUUUGGGUCGUCAACAAUCGAGGGCAGCCUUUUGACCUGAGACUGGCAACCAUUCCCUCCUGUCUGUCCAAAGCCUCCACAGUUUACAACCCCAUUAUCUACAUCCUCCUAAAUAAACAGUUCCGCUCGUGUAUACAGAAGAUGCUGGGGAUGAGUGGAAGCGACGAUGAGGAGUCAUCAACAAGUCAAUCCGUCACUGAAGUCUCCAAAGUCGGACCUGCUUAGGUUGUUCACGACUCAUUUUGGUGUCUGAUAUACAGUGGUGUAGUGGUAGCUGAUGAGGUGGGUAUACGGCUAGGUAGAUGGGCAUGUUAUGGAGGAGGAAGUGGGUGUGCUCUCCUAUAUAUUCCAAUGAUUAUUGGUAAAUAGGUGGGUAAACUGUAUAUGGCCAGAAAAGAAGUGGGUAUACCACAUAUACCUGCAUAUACCCUCCACUACACCACUGUUUACGUAUUGUAAAUAACACUGAACGAACAAAUAUGACAAAUGGAUUAUUCUGUUAUUACAGCUGAAGAGUUACAUGCAAAGAAAAAUGUUUUAAAAAAAAAGAAGAAACAAAUAAAUGUCAGUGAUAAUUAUUAUUUGUGUCUUUUCCAGACUAUUCAUUUCAGAUGUAUGUGACAAAUUGUAUAUUAUUUAGCCUUGAUCUUGUCCUAAAAAUAAAAUGAAGAUGUCAAACUUUGGUCAAUGGAAACCCAUAGUAGUUGUUAAUUUAUUAACUGCAAGCUAAUGUUGUAGUAUAUUACAAAUCUUUGUGAAUGAGAUGGAAAACUGUAUUUAUUGUUUAGGGAUUCAUGUGCAUAGAAACAACCUGGAGUCUAACAGAGAAUAAUAAACAGCUGACCUACAA